AUGUCGGAGCCGGCUAGAGAGUCCAGUUUCUGGGAUCGACAUGAGUUUAAAUUCUAUCAGUAUGGACAUGUCUAUGCCGUGAUCUAUGGCCAAGUGGUGAUCGAUUAUAUACCCCAGAGACGUCUCAAGCGUAGUGUAAAGGUGUUACUCAUCUUAUGGGGUCACCUGUUUAGUUUGCUGUUGAUUGUGGUGUUACCUGGAUAUUUUGGCUAUCAUUUUCGCACUCUCACCGAUACCAGAGACCGUCGGUUGCAAUUGCUCUUAUAUGUGAGCUUUGCCAACACGGCCAUCAAGUAUGCCACAGUGAUUGUGACAUAUGUGGCAAAUACAGUGCAUUUUGAGGCAAUUAAUCAAAGGUGCACGCUUCAGAGGAUGCAUUUGGAGCAAGAGUUUAAGGAUGCUCCUAGUGAGCCCAAGGAUCCUUUCGAAUUCUUCAUGUACUUCAAGUUCUGUCUGAUCAAUCUGAUGAUGAUGAUCCAAGUGAUUGGCAUAUUUGCACAAUAUGGCGAGGAUAGUGAGAAGGAGGGUAUGGUCAGUCGAGUUCGUGUUCACUUUGCCAUCUAUGCCUUUGUCUUGUGGAAUUAUACCGAAAAUAUGGCCGAUUAUUGUUACUGGAUUAAUGCCUCGGUGUUGAAGUAUUAUCGUCAAUUGAAUCUCCAAUUGGGAUCGUUGCAAGAGGAAAUGGAGAGACUUAGGCCAGGAGGGAUGCUCUUGCAACAUUGUUGUGAGCUCAGUGAUCGCCUCGAGGAGUUGCGACGACGUUGCACGGAGAUUAAUGGCCUCCAGAAGGAGAGCUUCCGGAUGCAUCAGUUUCAGUUAAUUGGACUCAUGUUGAGCACUUUGAUCAAUAAUCUGACCAAUUUCUAUACGCUCUUCCAUAUGCUGGCCAAGCAAUCACUGGACGAGGUCAGUUUUCCGGUCAUUGUGGGUUCAGCCUAUGCCACUGGCUUCUAUAUAGAUACCUAUAUAGUGACUCUGGUCAAUGAGCACAUCAAACUGGAACUGGAGGGAGUGGGCCUAACCAUGAGGAGAUUUGCAGAGCCACCAACUUGGGAUGAGAGGCUAACCAGGGAGAUAGAACACUUUUCCCUGGAACUUUUAAACUGUCAACCUCCCAUGCUUUGUGGUCUUUUGCAUUUGGAUCGACGUUUGGUAUAUCUUAUUGCUGUAACUGCCUUUUCGUACUUCAUAACCCUGGUACAAUUUGAUCUUUAUCUACGUAAAAGGUCAUAG